UCGGAGCUCACCCAAAUGGAGUCUGGGCUGACCGAUGGGUUUGUGAGCACAGCCUCUUGCAAAGGACUGGAUUAUUUCACACACCUGUGCCUCGUUUAUCGACCUUGGGCGACUUCCCCUGAGCCACCGCAGGACGGAAAACGGUAUGAGGUGUCCUCUCGGCGCCGCCGGCUCCGGCCACAGCCCCGCCUGGAGAAGGAUGCUUCUAACAGGCAGCCUGCUGGUAUUCUUCACCUGCUCUGCCUCCUCGGAGCUGCCCUCUUCUGGGUCUCUGGACCCCUCGACCGAAGGAGCCGAUGCCCACCUGCCAGUCCCCAGAAGCCUCGAUGGGGUUCUGUCUACUUCUUGGUUCCGAGGGCACGAGGCCCAGCCAGAAGCCAUGAUCUUCUCCCCUGAGGGCCUCCCAGGGCCCGGCCACACUGGCCGGGAGACGCUGGAUACCCAAGGCAGCCUGGUCGUCAGAAAUGUGACAACUCAAGAUGCAGGCAGCUACACCGUGGUGCUGGAAAGCAGCAGGGGACGCAGGAGUGUGAUGGCGCAGAUACAGGUCCAUGCCAACUCUGAUGGGGUGCUGCCGCUGACAUUCCCGGGGAAUACACAAGGUAUCCUCCGGAGCGAACUCAACUACUCAGUGAUCCUGCAGUGGGUGGCUUCCAUCGAACCUGAACCUGUGCUAUGACGGACCUUCAAUGGGCAUCCUCGUGGGAUCGGGGAGAGGCUGAUUAUCCAGAGGUUGUCCUUGGAGGACCUGGGCACCUACGUACGCUUGGCCGAGGAUAGCCAGGGAAUGUAUGUCUCCCAGCCUGUGACUAUCACGCUGCCACAAGCCGUCGUGGAUCCCACAGACCCUGUGCCCAUCAAGCCGAACCCUACCCUCUCCCUGUCAGGAAGCUCUGCCUUUGCCCUCAUUGCGGCCGCACCUGUGAUACUGGUCGGAAGCGCGGUCUUCACCAUAAUCUGGAAGCUAAGGUACCUGCCUUCCCUCCUUCCCAUCCGGUCAGCCCCCACAAGGUGCAGAGCUCAUUCCGCAGCAAGACUGAAGCCAAGCCAACUGCCUCAUCCCAAGGAGCUUAAAGCUCAUUCGGAGAGGAUGCCAUUGACCCCUGACGUGCCCAUCCAACUCGUCAGUUCCCAAAGCGGCCCCAGGGGAGCAAAGAGACAGGAGAGGUUCUGCAGGUGUGUCUUUGCCACAAUGAGGGCAAAGGCAGAGCUUCUUCAUCCCUUCCUUUUUGUCAAAGAGGAAACGAAGGCUGAGAGAGAACUGUGCCCCAGACCGCACAGCUGAAGAAGGAUUCGAACCCAGAAUACUGCCUCACUCAGUUCUAGCCCCUAACCUACACUGCCUCUGUUCCGACAUUAACGAUACAAGCCUUCGCAGCUGACGUACUAAGGAAGAGAAAUCUGAAUGCUGAAAUGGUUUGGAAAGGCGCUGUGGACCAGCUGGGAGGGACUGGGGCCAGGUCUCCUGUCCACGAGUGCCGUGUGGAACCUUCUAGGGGCCGGGGAGGGCCAGGCUGCUGCUGAAGCAGCCACAUCGUCUUCGUCCCUGUGGCUCUCAUUUCCUGGGCCCUCAGUAAGUGCCAGGAGCCCUCACGUCACGGCUCUCAGGAUGGGUGCUGUUCUUGUCCUCAUUUCCCAUGUGAGUAGAACUAAAUCUCAGAGAAAUCCAUCAACUUUCCCAAAGGACAUGCCGCUGACAAAGAGCUGACCCUGAAUCAAACCCAGGUCUAACUCCAAAGUCAUGUGCUUAGAGGGGAAAGGUGAGAAAUUGGGCUGGUGUGAAAAAUCCUCUCCCAGACCCCCUGGA